AUGGAUAAUAAAUAUGUCGAUUGCAACGACAUUGGUGUUGAGUAUUUAAACGUUGGUGUCAAUUGUCCAAUGUCUCAAGUUCUCAACAAUCCAUAUACUAAUGUUAUAGAUGUAGUUUUCCCACAAGAUUUGCCUGGGAAUACUACUUCCUUACCCCAAAGUCCACUUGUGGUCCAAUUAAGUCAGUUUAAUUGUGGUGGACUGGCAGUCAGCGUAUGCAUAUCACACAAAAUUGCUGAUGGAUAUAGUGUCGGUCAAUUCCUUAAAGAUUGGGCUUCUACGGCUCGAGAUCAUCAAUUGGAUUUCAAACCAUCUCCUUGGUUUGGUGCAAAUUCUCUAUUCCCACCAAUGGAUGACCCUUCGACUGUAAGAGAAAGAGAGCGUGAACCUCAACGAUUAUCAAGAGUGUACCAUUUCUCAUCCUCUAAUUUGGACAGGCUCAAGGAUAUCGUUGUUGCAAGGAUAUAG